UCUGAUUAUGGGGAUAUGGAGAAAUGUUUUGCAUAGAUAACAAUUUCCAAGAAAUGCACACGUUCUUUAUAUAUGAAAUAAAAGGCUAACUAAUUUUCCCGUUUUUUAUGCGAUUCACUCAUAUCUUCUAUUCUGCCAGAAUUCUGUUUGCCAAAUUUAAAUAUACUUAUUUAUUCACGAACAAGUUGAUAUUUCGAGAAAAAAAAGCAAAAAAAAAAUGAAUAGUUUUACAUUCGAUAAUCGUGGAUAAAAAAAAAUAGAUAUGAAACCAACCCGUCGUAACUCUUUUUCCCUCAACGCUUCGCUGAUUCGCGUGGUCUACAAAAUUCUAAUUCAUCAAACUCGCAACUUUACCUCCCAACCAUGGAAUCGCACCAUCGUUUUCAUCUUGACCUGCGCAUCCCUAAUUUUCACGAUCCUUUUCUUCGUAGCCUCUUACUUUACUUGGCGAUCUAAGGCCAUCUUCCAAAACAACAUAGUAUUAGACAUGGGAGGGGACACAAAUAACGAUAAACCGAGCGUAGAUAAUUGGGAUAGUUGGCUUAGCGCUCGCUCGGAAAUGGCCAAUAAAGGGGAAAACUUGGGGGGAGAAGAACCGCUAGAGGACAGGGAAGAGAGAACUCUGGCUAUGCUCUACUCCUUCCUGGAGAAGGAAGAAAGAUUGCAAAGGCUGGAGGCUGCCGACGCCCCAUAUUUGUAUUCGGAUUAUGCUAACAAAAGGCUAGGUAUAAAUAAUAAUAAUAACGAAGGGUUGAAUAUUCCAGAUAAUCUUACACCUCGCACCUUGCUCAAGCGCAUCAAAAAUUUGCUGCGCAUAAAAUCGUCCGUGGCCGACCAGAUCAGGAAUAUACAGGACACAAAAUCCCGGGCCGAGAUGGAUAUGCAAGCAUUUCAAGAACAAUCCCUUACGAGUAAAGCUGAGGUGGAGAAAGCUCGGGCAAGCCUAGCCAAUAUGGAGGAAAGAAUCAGGGAGGCCAAAUUCGUGCUUGAGGAAGAUGUGGAUCCUAGGGAUAACGCGGGACAAUUCUGGAAAAAUACCCGAUCCUUGGAUGGGUUGAAGGAGGUUAUCAGGGAAUCUACGAUAGCUCUGAAACGGGCUCUAGAUAAAAAUAUUUUCCUGGUGCAUGAUAAUCAGAAUCCUAGCAGCCUUCCUCCUUGCACUAUGUCAUCCUGUUUUGACCACAGCUCCUGCCAUUUAUCAGUGAACCCCAUCAAUGGAAACCCUAAAUUACACCUCUACGAUACCGCUAACUCCCCGGCUUAUCUAGAUUUACUGAAGCAUCUCUCAUACCGCUACGCAAAUUUUACGAUGUCCGAACAGGGAUCAUGGUACUCUACCUUCUUUGAUUACAAUCGAAAUUCGGUUUCGGAAUCUUUAGACGAUUCGCCCAUCAGUUCAGACCCUAGAGUAGUAGCUGACGCCUGUCUGCAUUUAAUAAUACUGCCAGAGGAAGCCUUGAAUGAUGGUUUUAUGGGAGGAGGGGAUGAGGACUAUGUUGGAUUAAUGGUGGAGAAGAUCGAAAGUUUGGAGUAUUGGAGAAGUCACGCUGGCAAAGUUAACAAUACUUUCGGUGCCAAUCAUGCUUUCAUAUUCGUUCCCGCCAAUCAUAACGGAUUGUCGAUACCUACAUCCAUAUCCUACGCCUUAACCACAAUUUUCCAGAAUUCUAUGAUAAUCGGAAACGCUCGCUUAUUUAAUCACCGCUCUACCACAUCUGUUUUUCGUUUCCGGUCUGAAUUCGAUAUAAUAGCCCACCUGCCCCCUAUUUCCGAUAUGGUUUACAAAGAACCGGAAAAUCUUUACAGGAACUACACUUACGAAACCCUUAGGCUUAUUUAUCCGGACAUGCUUCCUAUACGCAAAAUUUUUUCACUCGGCUAUUUUGCACCUUAUGCCACCUCGGUUAACUUUGGUGAUGUCGAUAAUAUGAAAGACGUUUACGAUUACGUGACCAAUUUUAUGCGUUCAUUGAAUCGAACAUUUCCCGGUGAAUAUCUCAUUGCCGAACCUGAUGAAUCGACAGAGGGAAUAAAAGAAAUCUUCCCUAACUGCACGUUUACCCUAUUUCUUUCUGGAGGCCACGACCAUUCUCAACUGACCAAAAGUAUAAUAGAAACUCUCGGAACGGGUUCGGUUCCUUUAGUCCUAACACCUAGUCAUGAUCCCAAAUCAUUUUUCAGAUCAAUGCCAUACUCGGAAUAUUUGGACUGGAGCAAAGCUAUUGUUACUUUUCCCCUGUCACGCGUAUCCGAGUUGCCCAUCUUGCUAAAGACCCAUCUCAUCCCAUCAGAACCUCAUAUAUUUUCUUUGCUCAAAUAUGGUAGGCAUUUAAAACAAACCUAUUUCGUUCUUCCGGGUGGUUCCCCGUUACAACAUCGCAACUUUAACGCUAUCUUGACCAUCCUGAUGGGAAGGCUGGGUCUGCCUUUCCCAUCGGCUAAAAGGGUCAAGGCGGAGUUGUUUUCUCGAGUUAAUGUAUCCGAUUCCCCGGUGCCAGACCCGGAGUUUAUAGAGUACUUGGGACCUAUUUCAACAGCGGUAGAGUUUACGGAUACCGUGAAUUCGACCAGAAGACGCUAUUACAAUUCAUUCCGUUCCAACUUGACUUGCAACUUAUUCGAAAGUAAGGACGCGUGGAAUGAUAUGGGAAAACGAUUAGGUGUCUACCACCCAUCUAUGCCCUGGGACCCUGUCUUUCCAACUGAGGCAAAAUUUAGAAACUCGAAUUACGGCUUUAGGCCAAUCAAUAACGGAUUCGGCGGUACGGGCAAAGAAUUCGCUAAAGCCCUAGGUGGGAAUUACCCCUUCGAGAAAUUCACAAUUGUAAUGCCCACUUACCAGAGGGAAAACUUUUUAUGGAAAUUUUUGACAGCUUUCAAAAAUUUACCUUACCUAGACCGAAUCGUUUUGAUUUGGAACGACCAGGACAGCGAGCCAUCAUCCGAAUUCGAGCUGCCUAACAUAGGAGUUCCAAUAUUGAUCGUGAAAACUAACAAAAAUAGCCUUAAUAAUCGUUUCAUCCCAUAUGACGUCAUUCAAACUGACGCUGUCUUGUCUCUUGACGACGAUUUAUCUCUCCGGCAUGAUGAAAUCAUAUUCGCUUUCAGAGUGUGGAGAGAAUCGCGAGAUAGAAUUGUAGGAUUUCCUGCCAGACAUCACGCUUGGAAUUCCACUUCCAAAAGAUGGCAUUAUAAAAGUAAUCACAGUUGCGAAUAUUCUAUGGUUUUGACGGGGGCCGCUUUUAUACAUCAGUACUACUUUUACAAAUAUUCUUACGAAAUGCCGGCUGUGAUCAAAAACAGGGUGGACGAGAUAAUGAAUUGUGAGGAUAUUGCUAUGAAUUUUCUCGUUUCUCAUAUAACCAAUAAACCUCCGAUUAAAGUUACCGUUAGAUGGACGUUCCGAUGCCAAGACUGUCCGGAAUCAUUGUGGUAUUCCGGAAAUCAUUACGAAGUGAGAAGUGAAUGUAUUAACUAUUUCUCCGCCAUUUACGGUUACAACCCCCUUCUGUAUUCUCAAUACAGAGCAGAUUCUGUCCUCUUCAAAACGCGCGUGCCUAAACACGAACAAAAAUGUUUCGUUUACGUUUGAAAAUAUUGCAUUUAUCGAAAUGAGGAAGGCGGAGAGAGAGGAGUGUGAUAUUUGCUAUUUUGUUUGACACUUUAACGUGAUUACGUUUAAAAUCUGAUUGAAUUUUUGUAAAACUACAAUGUACUAUAAAAUACUACUAUCCCGAAAAGAAGAACUAUUUAUGUGAUACAUUUAUAUUAACGGUCGAUUAACUUACACAUAUUACUUAUUAAAACUUCAAAAUGAUUACAAUCAUUACAUACUUUUGUCUUCAAAAAGGUUUUGUAUUUUUUUUUAUAAAUUUGUAUUUAUUUAUAAACCCAACAUGCCAAUAGAUUAGACCAAUUUUAAUUAUUUGACACAAAUUUUAUUGAUCUCUAGCGUCUUUGCCCUAAAUUUUUUUGAUAAUUGUUCAAGGAACCAAGUCAGGAAAUUGUUGAAAAAUUAAAUAAUGAUAUAUGUCGUAAUUUGAUAUUUUUCAAAUAAAGAGCCGAUGAUGGUAUAUAAUUUAAAAAAAUUAACUAUCAAUAUCGGUAUCGAUAGAAGGUCAGCUGAUAUUGCUGGCUAUAAUAAUUUUAUUAUAGAAUUUUCUGAUUCAAAUAAAAAUUUCAAAUGAAAUUUAAUUUUUUCAAACUAAAAUUAGUUAUUGCUAUUUCUCAACCGGUUAAUAAUUUGCCCAAUUUAAGACUCUUAAGGGCAUAUUUUUCAUUCAAAAAUUUAUUUAUUUUUCCUUUCAGUUUCUAUUACUUUUGAUAAUUUUGAAACUAAAUUUUGUAUUAUUGUAUAAAAAAAAAUAAAAUAAGUAUAAAGGUAAUCUAUUUUAAAAUUUUGAUAUAAAUUUCUAAAUUAUACAAUUAAAUUCUAAUACAAUAAAUUAUAAAAAUAUUAAUUAUGAUUUUUAAAAUAUGUGUGAUUUUUGAUAUUAAUUUCAUUUUACAUUUAGAAUAUUAAAUAAUUUUUCACUAUUCGAUUAGGAU